CUCAAGAUAUAUCAAGUUAAAAACACAUCACAAAAACCUACAAAAUGGUGAAAAAACAACAGCCAAAGAAAACAGCCUCCAAAAAGCAACCAGCAGCAGCAUCAUCAUCAACAUCCACUCCUCUCCCACCCAUCGACCCCGAAACCCUCACAAACCAGCAGCGGAUCCUCACCACCUUCUCAGACGCCUUCAACCCCAUCCUCUCGGCAGACUCCUUCGCAGCCACCCUCCAGUCCAUCAAGCAGUCCCUAUUCAACAGAGACUUUGAGGCUGCGUUCGGCUCCGAGGAGAACCUCCAGGCAUACGCCGCACGAUGGAGUCCCACCAGGGCGCUGUGCUACUCGUCCAUCUUUGAGACCAUUGCUUCGCACGUUGAUGACAUUGCUGCUGUCCCGGACUCUUCUGCCGAUGAGGCAUCCUACCAUAACAGCACUGCUGUCAAGAAAUUCCUCUGCAUAGGUGGCUGCGCGGCCGAACACAUCGCCUUUGCGUCUCACCUCCAGCAAACCGCCUCCAACGGCAUCCUCACUCUCCUCGACGCCGGCCCCUGGGGUCAAGUCGUCGACCUCCUCCAAAAGCAAGCCACUUCACCCCCAACUCUGUCCAAGUAUGCCUCCGCAGCUAUCAAAGCCGCAAACACGCCCCUUCUCCAAGACGGACAGCUCUCCACCACCUUCUCCCAGAAUGACGUCCUGGCCAUGGAUAAAGAGGCCCUCAAGGAGCUGCUCGGCUCAGAACCCCUUACCGUGACCCUCAUGUUUACGCUCAACGAGCUGUACACCAAUGGGGGCAUCGGCAAGACAACAAAGUUCCUAAAACUGCUGGGCGAGAUACUCCCGGAUAGAAGCCUGCUCCUCGUGGUGGACAGUCCGGGCAGCUACUCGGAAGCCGCCGUGGGCAAGGACAAGAAGCGGUACCCCAUGCAGUGGCUCUUGGACCACACUCUCAUGGAUGUUCGGGCUGCAUCCAAGGACUAUGAGUGGGAAAAGCUGGAUUCUCAUGAUUCGAUAUGGUUUCGGCUUCCGGAAGAGCUCUCCUACCCGAUCCAAUUGGAGAAUAUGCGCUACCAGAUGCAUUUGUAUCAGAAAAAGAGCACGUUUACGGCUGCAUGA